UCGAAAUGGAGCUGAGAAAGUAAAAUGUCCUUUAUCGCCUCACAGAAUCUCCGCCAUGCUAGGCAACAGAAGGAGCUGGAACCCAUUAGCAUCACUACUGUUGUGGGGGUGGCUGUUGUUGCUGGUGGUGUCAUAGGAAUUUUGUCGAGUAGCUUUUUCUGCUACUUCUAUGAAUCCUGCCGGCCCGUUUGGAUAUCCUUCAGUAGAACAAGGCUCCAAACGGACCUGGAAAACAAGCUGUUCGGACAGCACAUUGCGUCUCGCAUCAUUCUCAAAGCUGUGGACGGCUUCAUGAACAACAGGAACCCGAAAAAGCCCCUGGUCCUCUCUCUCCACGGGUGGACCGGCACCGGGAAGAACUUAGUGAGCCAGAUCAUCGCCGAAAGCAUUUACACCAAAGGAUUGAAAAGCCGCUUCGUCCACUUGUUCACAUCCACUUUUCACUUCCCACAUAAAGAUUUAAUUAAUUUGUACAAGUCUCAGUUGCAGCAGUGGGUCAGAGAGAGUGUGACCAAGUGCGAGCGCUCCAUGUUCAUCUUUGAUGAGUCGGAUAAGAUGCACCCAGGCCUGAUUGACAGCAUCAAGCCAUACCUGGAAUACUAUGACAAUCUGGACGGGAUUUCUUAUAGGAAGUCCAUCUUCAUCUUCCUCAGCAACACAGGAGGAGACGACAUCACUAAGACGGCUCUAGAAUUCUGGAAGAUGGGAAAAGAUCGAGAAAAGAUCACGCUCAAAGACCUGGAAGAAAAACUCUCGCUGUCUGCGUUCAAUGGCCAAAAUGGCGGCUUCUUUCAUACAAGUUUGAUCGACAAGAACUUGGUGGACUUUUUUGUCCCCUUCCUGCCUCUGGAGGAAAGGCACGUGGUCCAGUGCGCCAUGGCCGAGAUGAAAGCCAGAAACCUCAGACCGAACCGCGACGUGGCGAACAUGGUGGCCAGAGAUAUGAUCUAUUCCCCAAAACCUGAAAGAGUUUUCUCUGCCACAGGCUGCAAGACGGUACAGCACAAACUAAACUUCUAUAUAUAGAUGUGCACAUCUGAAGGACAAGAGGAUGAGACACUACAGGAAGUAGCUGCCUUACAUCUUUGUCUGUUUUUAUUGGAAGAAAUUUUGCACUUAAGCAGCUCUUUAUUCACCUCAAUAAAUGGCCAGAGCUGUUAAAUCUCACUGCACACUGCUAAAAAUUGCACAAGUGAAAUCAAAUGUCAUAACAUGUUUUUAAGAAACUCAGGAUUGUCACCUCAUCAACUCUACAUGGAAACAGUCUGUGUUGGGUUGAUGCUUCCCAAUCAAACAUCAACCCAACACAUUGUGUGAAAUGUAUAAGGUGAUUCUCAAAAAACGGUUUUUGUUAUGAAACAAAAUCAAGACCAUAAUAAUGGCUUUAAAGCAUUUUUCACUUAUAAUGUAUUCUUAUGUAUAGAACACACUGUAAAUCAUAUUUUAGAAGGUAAAUAUGGAAAUGCAGUUAUACUUUGACCUGAAGCAACUUCUGUAAUAAAACCUUGUUCAUAUGGAAAUUCAUUUUAUUUUUCAGCACAUAUUAUUUUUUUUCUAAGGUCAUGCAGCCCUACUAUACAGAAGUAAAUAAAUCACUGAAAUUCCCAUGUUGGAGUCUGUGGAAGUGAAGACAGUACAUCUGUACUGUACAAGUGGGGCACCUCCCACUUGCCCUACAUGCACAAUUAUGGUAAUUUUACAUCUGUACUGUACAGAUGUAAAGGACCUGGAUUUAAACUAAAAUAAUCCAAGAUAAGAUCUUUCUAAAUUGUCACUUUAGGUUCAUAAUCAGCUUCAGAACUGUUGUAUGUGAAGAAAAAAUAAAAACAUAAAACUAGAUUGAUGUUUUGCACCCAACAGUUCACAGCACCACAUAAGUUAUCAUGUAUUCAAAAUACCCAGAAAGGCAACUUGUUUUAUUUUUACUAGAUGUUUUUCAAACACACCAUCAUCGCAACAUUUUGGAUUAUUUAUGUUUAAUAUGGCCUUAAGCAUCUUCUCAGACAACACAUGAGCUGACAUGAAAGGCAUGAACAGCUUCAGCUUUGAGUUCUA